ACCAUGACCUUAUUUCAAUUGUAUGUUGUUUUAUAACUCAGUAAAAAACAAAUGAAAAGCAAAGAUAGGGUGUAUUGGAUUCAUCUAUAUACAAGAUGCCUCACAAUGGACAACUGAUAUUGAAACUACACAGAGGCAGUUAGGUUACUAUGACUACCCUGGUAUUCAAUAAAUAAUUAACCCAACAUAAAAUGCUGCUGUGGUAACAAUCUAUCAACAAACAAACACGACACAGUUGGCAUGAAGCAAUUGUGAGCUGCGUCUUUCUACAAACUGGCAAGAUGUUGAUAAAAGACGUUCUAUCUCCCUGCUCCGUGCUGUUGCUGAUCUGUGUAUUCAGUAUCUCAGGUGACGCUACUGAAACUACUAUUACAAUCCCCAUUGAGGCUAAUCCAACUACUGCAACUGUACAGGCAAGUACAUCCAUCACAACAACAGAUUCAGCUGCAGCAAACACAACUACUGCACCUGUUACAGGUGAUAACAGUACAUCUUCUUCACCUCCAGAAGCAGUUUCUGGAGUAACAACUGAGAAUACAACUGAUAGUAGUGGAGCUGAAGGCACCACUCAAGCCCCUACUUUUUGUCACAAAUGUAUGGGUCGAGAUUGCAAUGAUAAGCCAACCUCAGCAAAUAUGACAUGCGAAAGUACAAAAAAUGUAUGCUGGACGGUGGUUGACAAAUCAGAUUCCUCAAACCACACCACAAAUCGAACAUGUGACACACCAAAUGACGCAUCGUGUAAUGCUAGUGACGACUGUAAGUGUGCUGGUAACAUAGUAGCCUGUUGUUGUAUAGGGGACAAAUGUAAUACCAAAAAGAGCAGUGAAUUGGGAUGUAAAAGUGGCAGUCCUGGUGCGACCAGCUUUUCAUCGGCCCUCUUGACUGUCUCACUAAUGGUGUUAUCUACAUACCAAGCUUUAUAACAGUGACACCUAGUGUAUGCAGGCAUGAUUAAUUUAACUAAAAUAAAUGCACACAUGCCAUCUUUUUUCACCAGGAGGAGAAGCUAAUAUUUUAAAAAUAUAUGUUAUUCCCCAGGAUGGAUUUCAUAUGAGUAUUAUCCUGAAAAGACAAUAUGAUAUUUCAGGAGUAUUCUUUUAAAAAAAAUUGUCUCAAAAAGGCUUCAGUGGAAUUUUUUUGCCAAAAAAGUUGGAUAAAAGUUAAUGAUGAAAACCUUUUAACAAAGAAAAUUCACUGAAAAUGUUUUAGUGUAAAAUGGACAUGACAAAAUCUUUGACAAAAAGAUUUUUGAUGAAAAAUGGCUAGAAAUGUUGAUGAAAAAAUGUGGUUGAAACAUUUUUGAUGUAACAUCUUUGACGUAAAAUGUUUUUGAAAAUGUUUUGAUGAAACAUUUAUGAGAAUGUUUUUGCCAAAAAAAAUAAGAGUAGCGUUGAUAAAUAGGAUAUUUUGAUAAGGUGAAUAGAGUAUGAUUUUUUAAUAUAUCUUUGUUCAAUAACGCAGAUGUACUGUAUAUAAGAAAGUAUUAAGUAAUAUAACAUAUUCCAUAAUUCAACUUGAUUAUAACUCAACUUAGUUGUACAAGUGCCAUACAUUCCACAUACUACUACAUAUCAUACUUUUAUUAAUUAAUUAAGAAAUAUGAUUGCUAUA